AUGGAUACCCAAACUUCGCCCGAGGCUGACGUGGCCGAGCUGGAGCUUGAGGCGGUGAUCGGCUUCAAUGGCCAUGUACCUGGUGGUCUGAAAUGCCAUCCUGACCAGGAGCAUCUGAUUUACCCUUUGGGUUGCACAGUCCUCAUUCAAUCAAUAAAUACUAAUGAACAGAAUUUCCUACAUGGCCACGGUAACAAUGUCUCCUGUGUGACCAUCUCCAAGAGUGGAGUUUACAUUGCCUCCGGACAAGUCACCUUCAUGGGCUUUAAGGCAGAUAUCAUUUUGUGGGAUUAUAAGAAAAGGGAGCUGCUUGCUCGGCUGUCGCUUCACAAGGGCAAAAUCGAAGCUCUGGCCUUUUCACCAAAUGAUUUGUAUUUGGUGUCACUGGGAGGCCCAGAUGACGGAAGCGUGGUGGUAUGGAGCAUAGCCGAGAGAGAUGCCAUCUGCGGCAGCCCCGCAGCCGGCCUUAAUGUCGGGAACGCCACCACUGUGAUCUUCUCCCGAUGCCAGGAUGAGAUGUUUGUCACUGCGGGAAAUGGGACAAUUCGAGUAUGGGAACUGGAUCUCCCAAACAGAAAAAUCUGGCCAACUGAGUGUCAAACAGGACAGAUGAAAAGAAUAGUGAUGAGCACUACAAUGUCCGACGAUGAUAGCUUUUUCUACCUGGGCACCACAACUGGAGACAUUCUAAAGAUGAACCCUAAGACUAAACUGCUAACAGACACUGGCCCCUUGAAGGACAAAUUCAGUCUGGGGGUGUCAGCUGUGAAAUCCCUGAAGAUGGGGGGUCUAUUGUUGGGCUCAGGAGCUGGAUUGCUGGUCUUCUGUAAAAGUCCCAGCUACAAAAUUAUCAAGAAAAUUCAGUUGCAAGGUGGCAUCACUUCCAUCGCACUCCGAGGUGAAGGACACCAGUUUUUUGUAGGCACAGAACAAUCACACAUUUACCGUGUCAACUUCACAGAUUUCAAAGAGACGCUCAUUGCUACUUGUCACUUUGAAGCUGUCCAGGACAUUGUCUUUCCCUUUGGCACUGCUGAGCUAUUUGCUACCUGUGCCAAGAAGGACAUCAGAGUGUGGCACACAUUGUCCAACAGGGAGCUGCUGCGGAUCACCGUGCCCAACAUGACCUGCCAUGGCAUUGAUUUCAUGAGAGAUGGGAAAAGCAUCAUUUCAGCGUGGGAUGAUGGUAAAAUCCGAGCCUUCGCCCCAGAGACAGGCCGACUGAUGUAUGUCAUUGACAGUGCUCACAGGAUCGGCGUGACUGCCAUUGCAACCACCAGUGACUGUAAAAGGGUCAUCAGCGGCGGUGGGGAAGGGGAGAUCGCUUACUGGGAAGUAUUUGAUGGGUCCGUCAUCAGAGAGUUGGAAGGUUCCCUGUCCGGGUCUAUAAAUGGCAUGGAUAUCACCGUGGAAGGAGUGCACUUUGUUACAGGUGGAAAUGACCAUCUAGUCAAAGUCUGGGAUUAUAAUGAAGGUGAAGUAACUCAUGUUGGAGUGGGACACAGCGGCCACAUCACUCGAAUCCGGAUCAGUCCAGGCAAUCAAUACAUUGUCAGUGUGAGUGCCGAUGGAGCCAUUUUGAGAUGGAAGUACCCCUAUACCUCAUGA